UGGGCAUGGACAGCAGGUUCUCUGAUGUGCAAACUGUCAACCUUACAGUCAUAGACGUGCCCAAAACUGCCCCGGUAAUAACGGGUCGCACGACGGGCUACACGCUCGGAGAAACCCUGCACCUCAACUGCUCUGCCCCACACGCCCACCCGCCCGUACAACUCCAGUGGAAGAUCAACGGCGUGUUGGCCUCUGACAGCUACAUCAUUAAAUACGAAGGCAAACAAGACAAACUCGGUAGAGUCUCGACCAAGUCAGGUUUAAGGUUCCGCCUUGACCGCGACUACUUCGUGCACACGGGCGCACUGCGCGUCCACUGCACAGCGCAGUCUGCGGGCGAGCGCGGCCUGUCCUCCGAGGUGACCAUCCUGGAGAGCGAGAUACGCAGGCCGCGGCCACAGAGAAAUACGGCCAAAAAUACGGCCGUGCAGUGCCGUGUCGGUAUCGUUGGACUCGCGGCAGCUGCAAUGUCGUGGCUGGUGUAAAAAACCUGGACCAGCCUGCAUCUCUACUGUUAAUUAAUUACAGCCUAAUUGAACAUGUACCAUCGCAGCAAUUUUCAUCGUCGCAUACUAAUUAAUUGCGCAAAACAAACGCUUUCAUUAGUCGGUUGAAAAAUAUUCAUU